AUGCCGAAAAGGGAGCCUGAACAGGUCGAUCCAAUGGGUAACAACGUGCAGCUCGAUGAGGCUGUGAUGGCCAUUAUGGUCACUGAUCUCGAGGUCAUCCCAGAGCUUCCACCAGACAGCUUGAUCCUUUCGGUAACCCCAGCAGGGAAAAGUCAAUGGGUGGCUACUGUCAAGAUAACAGUCCAACUAUAUGGCGGUCAGAUUGUUGAAUACUUCAAAAAGGGAGCAACGGGAAAAGCUGGAGAAGGUAUGGUAAAGGGUACAAUGGAAGCAGAGCAAGCUCUCUACACCUUCCUUUCAAAUCGCGUGCCAAAGCCCGUCGCAUACCGAAAAUAUGCUAGUCGUCCAGAUACACAUUUUUAUCUUUGCCAGUUUGUGGAGAUGAACGAUCAGGUCCCCAGCCCGCAGGAUUGGGCAGCCGCCGUGUCAGACCUUCAUAUUAAUAGUAUGGGUAAAUCGCCAACCAAGCAGUUCGGGUUCCAUGUCCCUACACAUCUGGCUAACAUACCCAUAAAUAACACUUGGAACUCCAGCUGGAGUGCAUUCUGGGCGCAGCAGAUGAAGAGUAUGUUUGAAAUUGAAGAGCACGUUUACGGGCCAGACCACGAGUUGGAGGCCCUCAAAUUGGCAUUUAUCAACAAAGCAAUUCCGAGAUACCUGGGACCACUUGAGAGUGAAGGACGAUCAGUUGAGCCAUGCUUGAUUCACUCGGACUUAUGGCCUGGCAACAUCAAGCCGAGGACCUCUUCGGGCGAGCUGUGCAUGUUCGAUGCCUGCGCCUAUUGGGGUCAUAAUGAGGGUAAUUUCCAAUGUGCAAUCCAUCCUUGCGAUCGCGUUCUAACUUUCGCCCUCUAA